AUCUCGGGGGCGGCCAACUUCUUUUCGCUCACUCUGUCUACUUCUUCCAUUUCUGCGGUGGUUUCCCCUUAAGGGUUUUUUGGCCUUGACUUACGUCCCCGUGUCGUCGGGCCGCUGUCGGAGAAGCCUCACUCUGGAGUGUUGUUCCCGCGAAGACCUCACUGGUGACUCCCCAACUCUGCCACCAUGAACGGGGUCGUAAUUCCCCAAACGCCCAUUGCUGUGGACUUUUGGAGCCUGCGCCGCGCUGGUACCGCGCGGCUCUUCUUCUUAUCCCACAUGCACUGUGACCACACGGUGGGUCUGUCUAGCACUUGGGCACGGCCCCUCUACUGCUCCCCCGUUUCUGCCCACCUCUUGCAUCGUCACCUACAGGUGUCUAAGCAGUGGAUCCGAGCCCUGGAGGUCGGAGAAAGCCAUGUAUUGCCUCUAGAUGAGAUCGGGCAAGAAACCAUGACUGUAACUCUUAUAGAUGCCAAUCACUGCCCUGGUUCUGUCAUGUUUCUCUUUGAAGGUUACUUUGGAACAAUCCUCUACACAGGUGACUUUCGAUACACACCAUCCAUGCUGAAGGAGCCUGCGCUGAUACUGGGGAAACAGAUUCAUACUUUAUAUCUAGACAACACCAAUUGCAAUCCAGACCUGGUUCUCCCUUCCCGACAAGAAGCUACUCAGCAGAUUGUCCAGCUUAUUCGACAGUUCCCACAACACAAUGUAAAGAUUGGACUCUAUAGCCUAGGAAAAGAGUCACUGCUGGAGCAGCUAGCCCUUGAGUUCCGGACCUGGGUGGUAUUGAGUCCUCAACGCCUGGAGUUGGUACAGCUGCUGGGCCUGGCAGAUGUGUUCACAGUUGAGGAAAAUGCCGGGCGCAUCCAUGCCGUGAGCCACAUGGAGAUCUGCCACUCCGCCAUGCUGCAGUGGAACCAGACUCACCCUACCAUUGCUAUUCUUCCCACAAGCCGGAAAAUACGAAGCUCUCACCCUGGCAUCUACACCAUCCCCUACUCUGACCAUUCAUCCUACUCGGAGCUUCGAGAUUUUGUCGCCGCCCUGAGGCCUAGCCAGGUGGUGCCCAUUGUGUGUCGACAGCCUUGCAGAGAGUUCUUUCAGGACAGCUUGAGUCCCCGGCUCUCUCCGCCCUUGAUUCCACACUCUGUACAGCAGUACAUGAGUUCCUCCUCUAGGAAAACAAACGUGCUUUGGCAGUUAGAGAGCAGGCUGAAGAGGCCCAGAAUCCAAGGUGUGGUGUUUGAAUCCCCUGAGGAGAAAGCUGAUCAGGUUAAAGUUGACAGAGACUCAAAGAAGCACAAAAACGAAAGCCUCUCUCCCUGGGCUGGGGACCUUGAAGCACUUUGCCCACGCCCUCUGCAGGCCAGGAAGCAGUUGUUCCCAGACCUCCACAGGAAAGACUAUCAUGAGCCAGACCUUUUUUGUGACUCCAGCAAGAUAGCGCCUGUAUUGACUGCCCCGUUGGCAUUUUCAGCGCAAUUACACCCUAUAGAUGAGUUUCUCUCUCCAGAAACCAGGGGUGAAGUUGGCUUAGGGUCCCCCUUGAUGUCUGUGGGAGGCGAUGGCUCACCAGCCAGAGGGAAGCAAAGCAUCUGGCAAGGCUGUGCUUCUUCCCUGUCUCACACUGGCAGCGCCACGUGCCUAGCUACCGAGUCCAGGGGCUUGGCGCUGAAAUACCUUCUUACCCCAGUGGAGUUCUUCCAGACGGAGUUCUCGCCCAGGAACUUUGACCAGCAAGUGGAAAAAUACCAUCGAAUACAGUAUUAA